AUGACGAUCGUUGAGGAGAGGUUUCAAUCAAUAACGAUCCCACCAUUCGGCUACAUCAGGCAAGCCAUAUUUCUAGCGUUGGAUGAUAUCUACACAAAGAGAUCUGUUUUGAAGCAGAUCAUACGAAACAAUCCAGCCCUUGAUAAAGCUUGCGGAAAGUCUGACCUAAUUACUGGGUCAAGCUGUUCCUGCUAUGUCCCCAGACGAAAGGGAAAGUUCAAGCGAUUCAAAUGGCCAAGGCCUUCACGAGAAGGAUCCCAGUUCAGGAGGCGCACGAAAUAUUUCAGGAGGAAGAGCCCAGGCAAGUCCCGAAAAAAUGAUAGAUGCUUCAUCUGCAACAAGAUUGGGCAUUAUGCAAAAAAUUGUCCCCAAUCUAGAAGAUCGAUCAAGCUUCUUACUAAAAUAGAGUACUACACUGGUAUCCAUCAAGCUGAAGAUGGCGAUCUUGAAUCUGUACUCUCAUUAGAGGACGAACCUACAGAGAAUACCCUCUUUUCCGUAGAUGUGUACGAAGAAUAUGACGAUGAAUAUUACCAGAUUUCAGAACCAGAGGGAAAGGCUUAA